CAGAAGAAGUUUGCCCGGUGAGUAAACAGCUGUUAAAUUUUACAAGCAGCCGUUAGGAAAUUAUUUUUCCAAUCGGACAAAUGGAGCUUGCAAAACGAGCAAGAAGCACAUCAAGGUGAAUUAAGACUGCAAUCACAAGUUCGAAGUUUGGGAUCAUUGAAGCAAAUCUUGAUGCAUUCUCAUCAUGCCGCCCACUCCAAUAAUCCCACUCCGGUUGCUGUAGUUGUCCAAACAUUGCUUGAAUCAGACCGACAGUUGCAGAAAGUCAGUGACAUCAGUGUCUUGGUGAUUCUGGUCUUAUGCGUCGUCGCCGCACUGGUUGGCAUAGUUGCACUUAUUUACUUCUGUCACAAAAGAAUCAAAGAGCGAGAUCACGAAGAGUUGCUGAAAGAUGUCGAAACGAAAGCUGAGGAUGUUGAACUGACGACUGGCCUAAUGAGAGAAGAAAACUCAACUUUAAAAAAAGCUGAAUCGCGACCAUCAGUGCCAAAGAUCCGCAUCCAGAAGGCAUCACGUGACGAAGGAACGCGGUUCCACCUCUUGUCGGAUACAUCUUCUGAAGACCUGAGUUCAUCCGAUGAAGAUUGACGGAAAAUUUGAAAUAUGGACUUGUUUUCAAAUUUAUAGAUUUUUAAAACUUUAACUGACAGAUGACAUUCAUGAAAAAUGUCGUUUCCUAAUA